AGGGAAGCGAGGGGAAGACGCUGGUGGACUAAAUUUGCCCGGAACAUAAAAACAAGAAGAUGGAGUGUAUUUCUUUCUCGGGAGGGAAGAUAAGGACCUGCUGAAGUACUUCUGGACACAAUAGACCGCCUGGACAAUCCUGAAUAGAGUGGACUACCAUUGAAAAGUGAGAGAAAAAAACAACAAAAACAAUCUUUUCAGAUCUGAACUGUGACUUCCCAAGUGAGUAAAAUUCCCUUGCAUGGUUCAACACUCCAAUGACCCACUGAGUAUCCUGGAUUUCCUUUGACUUCCAAGAAGGACCCUUGAGCCCGACACCGGUCUCUGGACUGUCUGCGCAACUGUCUCCUUUUGGUGUCAGAGUUUUGAAUUAGGCCCGUAGACCCCGGGUGAAGAUGACUUGACUUGGCAGGCCCCCCUCGUUACCCACAGAGAGAGCAAGAGAGGCUGGCUGUAAAAACAGACAACCACAAAUGUCGUGGCCCUGAGCCAUGCUGGUGUUGCCACUACUGGAGCCCUGUGGUAAAGACUAUCAGUAUCGCUAUCAUCACUCGUCCAUGCCGAGGAACGCUCUACAGCCCCAAGGGACGAGGUUUCAUAUCUGAACGGCUUGUGGAAGGCGACACGCCUGCACGUCGCUCACAUAACACCGACUAACGCCGCGCUCAACCCAGUGGAAGGCGCGGACUGAGAAGGAGCCGGGACACCAGCAUGGCGACUGAGAGCAUUGCCGAGCUCCGCGAUUGGCUCUUCCUGUUCCUCCUGUGCCUCACCUUAUUGGCCGAGGUGCUGGAACUGGCAGCAGCUGCCAUCGCUUUGGAAACGGGCGAGGGGGAUGAAGGGAUAGUUUGCCCCUCAGUCUGCCGCUGCGAUGAGGGUUUUGUCUACUGCAACGACCGCGGACUCAGUUUGAUUCCACCUUUACCGUUGACGGCUGCCAUCCUCUACCUGCAGAGCAAUCGGCUGACUAACGCCGGCCUGCCUCAGUCACUGGAGCGCAGUACUUCUAUACGAGUUAUUUACCUCUACGCCAAUCAUUUGGAUGAGUUUCCCAUACACCUCCCACCUUCAUUACGGGAGCUCCAUUUGCAGGAUAAUAAUAUACGAACUUUACCACGAUCAUCUCUGGCCAAGUUACCGCUGCUGGAGCGUUUACACUUGGAUGAUAAUUCAAUAUCGACUGUGAGUAUCCAGGAGCGCGCCUUUUCUGGGACUCCACGGCUACGACUGCUGUUUCUGUCUCGGAACCACCUGUCAAGCAUCCCCGCAGGCUUGCCGGCAUCUUUGGAGGAGCUGCGAUUAGACGACAACAGAAUCAACACCAUCCCCACGCAUGCCUUCCGAGGGCUGUCCUCCUUGCGACGCCUAGUCCUGGACGGCAAUCUGUUAGCUAACACUCGCAUUGCAGAUGACACCUUUUCCCGCCUCGCUAAUCUGACAGAGCUAUCGCUAGUCCGAAAUGCCUUGCAGUCUCCACCAAUCAACCUACCAUCAGCUCAUCUUAUUCGGCUCCAUUUACAGGAUAACGGGAUGACUCACAUACCAAGAGGAUCACUGGACGGGAUGCGGCGCCUGCAGAAGCUAGACCUAUCGGGAAACAAUCUGACCAGUCUUCCCCGAGGGCUUCUUAAGGACACUGACAGUUUGGAGUUGUUGCUGCUACGAGGAAACCCCUGGUACUGUGGUUGCAACCUUCGCUGGCUCCACGCAUGGCUGCACAGCUGGGGGGUUGCUGUAACAGUCAGGGGGUUGACCUGUCUGGGACCUGAAGCGGUGAAAGGCCAGGCCCUUAAAGACCUUACCUAUCUGAUAGAACAGUGUGAAGGACCACCAGCUGGUCCAGCAACUGGAGUUGGGGUGAAUCCAUCAGAAAAGGAUGGAGGAAGUGAAGAUAGUGUUAGAGGGGAGGGGCAAGCUGUGGUUUCAGUUCCCCACGGUAGCACUACCACUAACUCUUUGCCGGUCCCUACCCAAGGUUCCCUUUUCACACUGCGAGCCAAGCGACCAGGCCUGGUUAUGCCUCUACCUGCCGCGGGAGAAGGUCAAGUAUCCGGAGAGGCCCUCGAGCUGACUGUAAAAGCUCUCUCCUCAGACAGUGUGCUGGUCAGCUGGUUGUGUCCACAGCCAGCACCCUCAUUCCGUCUAUCCUGGCUGAGGUUGGGAUCCAGCGCAGCACUGGGUUCCAUCACAGAAACUCUAGUUCCCGGAGAGAGGAGGCAGUACCACCUUACCCAGCUCACACCACACUCACAUUAUCUCAUAUGUUUGCUGCCAUUACGACAGGAGACCUUUCUGGGCUCCAGCAUGGGGACAUCUCGGGGAGGCAGCGUUGAAUUGAACAAUAAAGCUUCUGCCCCAGCCUGUUCUCAAAUAGAGACUGGCGAGGCUCUGGUCAACUCCAGAGGAGAGGGGUCAGAUAAGGACACACGGGACUCAGAGCUAUCAGCCCUGCCCCUGGCAGGCAUCAUUGGGGGUGCUACAGCAUUGGUAAGUCUUCUGCUAAUUUUUGGUAUUUUCUGCUGGUAUGGACAAAGAACAAGUUACAAAUCGGGAGACUCAACUUCAUACAACAGAGGGCGAGGAGGAAAACAUUAUGAUGACUAUGUAGAAUCGGGCACCAAAAAAGAUAAUUCCAUUUUGGAAAUCCGAGCCCCUCCUACGGGGUUCCAGAUGACAGCCAUGGCCCAUCAGCCUCUGCAGCCCAAACUGGAGGAUGUCACCUACAUCCACACCAUUUUCCCUUCUUCGUCCUCUUCCUCCCAUGCUAACGGGACGUACCGCAGCAACCACAGAGCCGGCAGCCUCAACGGCACCAUCAUCAGCCAAACCAGCCACCACAACGUCACCUACGGCACCAACCGUGGCUACAGAGAGGGCGGCAUCCCUGACAUAGAUUACGCCUACACGUGAUGACACGGAGUCGCCGCACUCCCCGAGCCAUGAAUGCCUGGCGCCAUCUCUAUGGUGACGACUCCUGUGACCCGCGGCCAUUUUGUCCUUGGUUUCCAAAGUACCCUUUGUGCCUAAGAUGGUUCAAGUCUGAUAUGUUUGCUAAGUAGAAGAAACUGUUUUGAUUGGACAAUGCUCUCCUGUACUCUACGACUGUAAGACACGUUGCAGUAGACUCUUCUUUCAGUGCUACUUAUCAAUGGUUACAUUUUUCUCCUUUGCCUAUCUGUGUGUCUUUCAAAACUGCUGUUCUUAAUCCACAGUAACUUAUUUGAGGUUGAUAUCCUAGGCAUAGCUGAUGUAGAAGGCGAUAUAUUUAUAAUACCAAGGGAAGGCAAUUCGUGUGUAUAGAGAUAGCUCUACGCUCUUUGCUGUGUAGAUGAAGGGUAGACAGAUGCAGAAAUUGACGGUUGUUAUAAUCCACAGAUGACAUCCAAUCGUGGUUGACAUGAAGAUACGUGUUCCGAUCCCCCGCACGCCCCCUUUUACUCUGGAUUACUUCACCCGAUUCCAUUGUUCCCCCCUUCCUGCCUCUUUGUUUUUAGCCCAGGCUCUUUCCUUUCAUUUCUCUCGUGUCGUUUUGUGGCGUCGCGAGUGGAGGACGACUUUGUUCUCGCCAAAAGGAGCUGACAGCAUUGAUAACAGCUCUGACAAAGACAUGAGACACAAACCGCCACAUGGGGAGACUAAUGAGUGGGGGAGAGAGAGAGAGCGAGAGAGAGCCGGAGUGAUGGAUAGAUAGAUGCUUGGAUGGAGAGAGCAAACAUGAAAGAAGAGAGACGCUGAAGGCUGCCGUUUUGGGAAUGAGGGUGAAAGAACCGUGUUGGUUUAAAUGCGGAGUCGGAGGAUUAUGGGAAAGAAACAAUAGAAAGGGUCCGGGACAACUUGGGGUGUAACGGUACGUACCUCGGUUUUAAGGUCACGGCGAAGUUCUUUUUACGCAAAAUAUAAAUCUGCUUCGUUUUUUGUGUUUCUCUGGAAAAUUGGGAAAAAUAAGGAAUUUUUCAUCUAAUGCGCAUCACACAUUGCCGUUAAAGGGGAACAUUAUCACCAGAGCUAUGUAAGCGUCAAUAUAUACCUUAAUGUUGCAGAAAAAAGACCAUAACUGAUUUCCGAACUCUAAAAGGGUGAAUUGUUCGCUAUUGGAGCAAUGACCUUACACCCGUGACGUCACAACAGGAAGCAAUCCAUCGUUUUCUCAAACACAUUACACGCACCAAGUCAAAUCAGCUCUGUUAUUUUCCGUUUCUUCGACUGUUUUCCGUACCUUGGAGACAUCAUGCCUCGUCGGUGUGUUGUCGGAGGGUGUAACAAUACUAACAGGGACGGAUUCAAGUUGACUUACGUGGAGUGUGCUAAUCAGACACAUCAAUGGUCACGGCAUGCUAAUCGAUGCUAACAUGCUAUUUAGUCCAGCUGUAUGUACAUAGUGCAUCAUUAUGCCUCAUUUGUAGCUAUAUUUGUAUCCAGCCUUUCCCUCCACCCACAUUUAAUGCCAAACAAACAAAUACCAAUCGACGGAUUCAAGUUGCACCAGUGGUCAAAAGAUGCAAAAGUCCCUCAUUUGUUCUGUUCUGUGUGUGGAUAUCCUGCGACACCCAAAGCAGAUGCAUUUCCAACAAUAAAGUCAAGUAAUCACAAAGGUAAUUUUUGUUGAUGUUAUUGACUUAUGUGCUAAUCAGACAUAUUUGCGCAUGGCAUGACUGCAAGCUAAUUGAUGCUAACAUGCUAUUUAGGCUAGCUGUAUGUACAUUUGUAGCUAUAUUUGCAUCCAGCCUUUCCCUCCACCCACAUUUAAUGCCAAACAAACACAUACCAAUCGACGGAUUGAAGUUGCACCAGAGGUCAAAAGAUGCGAAAGUCCCUUGUUUGUUCUGUUCUGUCGUAGCAUCGCUAUCAGAGAUGUGUGGAUAUCUUGCGACACCCAAAGCAGAUGCAUUUCCAACAAUAAAGUCAACAAAAUCACAAAGGUGACUUUUGUUGAUGUUAUUGACUUAUGUGCUAAGACAUAUUGGCGCACGGCAUGACUACAAGCUAAUCGAUGCUAACAUGCUAUUUAGGCUAGCUGUAUGUACAUAUUGCAUCAUUAUGCCUCAUUUGUAACUAUAUUUGCAUCCAGCCUUUCUCUCCACCCACAUUUAAUGCCAAACAAACACAUACCAAUCGACGGAUUGAAGUUGCACCGGUGGUCAAAAGAAGCUAAAGUCCCUCGUUUGUUCUGUUCCGUCGUAGCAUCGCUACCGACGAUAGCGAUGCUACAACAGAGAUGUGUGGAUAUCCUGCGACACUCAAAGCUGAUGCAUUUCCAACAAUAAAGUCAACGAAAUCACAAAGGUGAGUUUUGUUGAUGUUAUUGACUUAUGUGCUAAUCAGACAUAUUUGCGCACGGCAUGACUGCAAGCUAAUCGAUGCUAACAUGCUAUUUAGGCUAGCUGUAUGUACAUUUGUAGCUAUAUUUGCAUCCAGCCUUUCCCUCCACCCACAUUUAAUGCCAAACAAACACAUACCAAUCGACGGAUUCAAGUUGCACCAGUGGUCAAAAGAUGCAAUCGUUGGUUAGAAGGCGAUCGCCGAAUUCGUCCUCGUUGCCGCGGUCUGUCGCAAUAUGGUUCAAUAGCUUUAGUUUCUUCUUCAAUUUCGUUUUCGCUCUCAGCCUCCACACUCCAACCAUCCGUUUCAAUACAUGCGUAAUCUGUUGAAUCGCUUAAGCCACUGAAAUCCGAGUCUGAAUCCGAGCUAAUAUCGCUGAACCUUUCUGUUCCAUCCGCCAUGUUUGUUUGUAUUAGCGUCAGGCAAUGACGUCACAGGAAAAUGGACGGGUGGAUAUAGGGAUGGUGAAAAUCAGGCACUUUGAAGCAGUUUUUCGGGAUAUUGUGUGAUGGGUAAAAUAAAAUAAGCCACUGGGAACUGAUUUUUAUUGGUUUUAACCCUUCUGAAAUUGUGAUAAUGUUCCCCUUUAUAUCAAAAGAAGAAUACAUGGGUUGUACUUGUAUAGCGCUUUUCUACCUUCAAGGUACUCAAAGCUCUUUGACACUAUUUCCACAUUCACCCAUUCACAUUCACACACUGAUGGGCGGGAGCUGCCAAGCAAGGCCCUAACCACCACCCAUCAGGAGCAAGGGUGAAGUGUCUUGCUCAAGGACACAACGGACAUGACGAGGUUGGUAGAAGGUGUGGGUUGAACCAGGAACCCUCAGGUUGCUGGCACGGCCACUCUCCCAACCGCGCCAUGCCGUCCCCCUAAAUAAUUCCUUGUUCUUCUUCAUGAAAAUAACAACGGCCUGAUCCACCAGGAGUGCUAAACAGCGUGUGCAACUAUAAAAUUGUGUGUACUACUAGCAGGAUUGUCGCGGGUGAUCUGCUAAGACUGCUUGCGCAAUUGCAAAAAUGGUGCAGACCAUCCAUCCAUCCUCAAUCCGGAAUCGGGUCCAGGGAACAACAGCUCCACCAGACACCCCCAGACUUCCCUCUCCAGAGCAACAUUAGCAACUUCCUCCUGGGGGGUUCCCGAAGCGUUCCCAGGCCAGAGAGGAGAUGUAAACCCCCAUCUGGUCCUUGGCCUGCCCCAGGGUUUCCUCCCAGUGGGACGUGCAACGAAGACCUCCCUGGGGAGACGCUCGUGAGGCAUCCGCCCGAGAUGCCCGAACCACCUAAGCUGGCUCCGUUCCAAGCGAAGGAGCAGGUGCAGAAGGUGCAGACCGCCCGAUUUUAAUGAGGAUUCUGCGUCUACUGCCGGCUGUCACCAUGGAGACGGUCAUUUCCUACGCAUUGUGCGCCGACCUGUGGUGUUUUGCUGGGUUCUUCAACAUGCAGCACCUUUUCUGGGCAAUACAGAAGAGCCAUCUAGACGGCAAAACCUCUUUGUAGCACACGGAAGACUGCAUGACCGGCAAUAACUGUGGCGAUGCACUGGAAUGAUCCAGACACAAGAAAAUGCACGUCGCAAGAAUUUUUAUUUAGAUAUUCAAUACAUCUGCUAUAUGAAAAAGCUAACAUUAGAAAAAGUCCAUCAUCUUAAAUAUGGAAUUGCUAGAGCGUCAAAUAUUUGUGUUUGUCGACACAAGAACUGAAGGUUCUCUCUCUCCAUCGUCUAUCAGCGAAGGCUUUCCAGCCAUUUGUGCGUAACUGUGCCAGCAUGUACCUUUCUAACAAGCUAAAUAUAGGCUGCAUGGUUCUCGCCCGUAAAAGGGUGGAAUGCUAUCUCCGGGGAUGCGGAGGAGAUCUCGCCCCAUGUGAAGGAGUUCAAGUACAUCGGAGUCUUGUUCACGAGUGAGGGAAGAGUGGAUCGUGAGAUCGACAGGCGGAUUGGUGUGGCAUCUUCAGUAAUGCGGACGCUGUAUUGAUCCGUUGUGGUGAUAAAGGAGCUGAGCCGGAAGGCAAAGCUCUCAAUUUACCGGUCGAUCUACGUUCCCAUCCUCACCUAUGGUCAUGAACUUUGGGUUAUGAUCGAAAGGACAAGAUCACGGGUACAAGCGGCCAAAAUUAGUUUCCUCUGCCGGGUGGGGGGUCUCUCCCUUAGAGAUAGGGUGAGAAUCUUUGUAAUCCGGGAAGAGCUCAGAGUAAAGCCGCUGCUCCUCCAAAUGGACAGGAUCCAGAUGAGGUGGUUCGGGCAUCUGCACAGGAUGCCACCCGAACACCUCCUGUUUCGGGUACGUCCGACCGGCAAAAGGCCACGGGGAAGAACCAGGACACGUUGGGAAGACUAUGUCUCCCGGCUGGCCUGGGAACGCCUCGGGAUCCCCCGGGAAGAGCUAAACGAAGUGGCUGGGGAGAGAGAAGUCUGGGGUUCCCUGCUUAGGCUGCUGAGCGGACAAUAUCUACCUUCCCAUCCUCACCUAUGGUCAUGAACUUUGGGUUAUGACCGAAAGGACAAGAUCACAGGUACAAGUGGCCAAAAUGAGUUUCCUCUGCCGGGUGGCGGGUUUCUCCCUUAGAGAUAGGGGGAGAAUCUCUGUCAUCCGGGAAGAGCUCAAAGUAAAGCUGCUUCUCCUCCACAUGGAGAGGAGCCAAAUGAAGUUAUUCGGGCAUCUGCUCAGGAUACCACUCGAACUCCUCCCUAGGGAGGUGUUUAGGGCAUGUUCGAUUGGUAGGAGGCCACGGAGAAGACUCAGGACACGUUGGGAAGACUAUGUCUCCCGGCUGGCCUGGGAACGCCUCGGGAUUCCCCGGGAAGAGCGAGACGAAGUGGCUGGGGAGAGAGAAGUCUGGGAUUCUCUGCUUAGGCUGCUGAGCGGACAAUAUCUACCUUCCCAUCCUCACCUAUGGUCAUGAACUUUGGGUUAUGACCGAAAGGACAAGAUCACGGGUAUAAGUGGCCAAAAUUAGUUUCCUCUGCCGGGUGGCGGGUCUCUCCCUUAGAGAUAGGUUGAGAAUCUUUGUCAUCCGGGAGGAACUCAGAGUAAAGCCGGUGCUCCUUCACAUGGAGAGGAGCCAGAUGAGGUGGUUCGGGCAUCUGCUUAGGAUGCCACCCGAACACCUCCUGUUUUGGGUACGUCCGACCGGCAAAAGGCCACGGGGGAGACCCAGGACACGUUGGGAAGACUACAUCUCCCGGCUGGUCUGGGAACGACUCGGGAUUCCCCGGGAAGAGCUAGACGAAGUGGCUGGGGAGAGAGAAGCCUGGGAUUCCCUGGUUAGGCUGCUGAGCGGACAAUAUCUAUGUUCCCAUCCUUACCUAUGGUCAUGAACUUUGGGUUAUGACCGAAUGGACUAGAUGACGGGUACAAGCGGCCAAAAUUGGUUUCCUCUGCCGGGUGGCGGGUCUCUUCCUUAGAGAUAGGGUGAGAAUCUUUGUCAUCCGGGAGGAACUCAGAGUAAAGCCGGUGCUCCUCCACAUGGAGAGGAGCCAGAUGAGGUGGUUCGGGCAUCUGCUCAGGAUGCCACCUGAACACCUCCUGUUUUGGGUACGUCCGACCGGCAAAAGGCCACGGGGAUGACCCAGGACACGUUGGAAAAACUACAUCUCCUGGCUGGCCUAGGAACGCCUCAGGAUCCCCUGGGAGGAGCUGGACCAAGUGGCUGGGGGGAGAGAAGUCUGGGCUUCCAUGCUUAGGCUGCUGAGCGGACAAUAUCUAUGUUCCCAUCCUCACCUAUGGUCAUUAACUUUGGGUUAUGACCGAAUGGACUAGAUGACGGGUACAAGCGGCCAAAAUUGGUUUCCUCUGCCGGGUGACGGGUCUCUCCCUUAGAGAUAGGGUGAGAAUCUUUGUAAUCCGGGAAGAGCUCAGAGUAAAGCCGCUGCUCCUCCAAAUGGACAGGAUCCAGAUGAGGUGGUUCGGGCAUCUGCACAGGAUGCCACCCGAACACCUCCUGUUUCGGGUACGUCCGACCGGCAAAAGGCCACGGGGAAGAACCAGGACACGUUGGGAAGACUAUGUCUCCCGGCUGGCCUGGGAACGCCUCGGGAUCCCCCGGGAAGAGCUAAACGAAGUGGCUGGGGAGAGAGAAGUCUGGGGUUCCCUGCUUAGGCUGCUGAGCGGACAAUAUCUACCUUCCCAUCCUCACCUAUGGUCAUGAACUUUGGGUUAUGACCGAAAGGACAAGAUCACAGGUACAAGUGGCCAAAAUGAGUUUCCUCUGCCGGGUGGCGGGUUUCUCCCUUAGAGAUAGGGGGAGAAUCUCUGUCAUCCGGGAAGAGCUCAAAGUAAAGCUGCUUCUCCUCCACAUGGAGAGGAGCCAAAUGAAGUUAUUCGGGCAUCUGCUCAGGAUACCACUCGAACUCCUCCCUGGGGAGGUGUUUAGGGCAUGUCCGAUUGGUAGGAGGCCACGGAGAAGACUCAGGACACGUUGGGAAGACUAUGUCUCCCGGCUGGCCUGGGAACGCCUCGGGAUUCCCCGGGAAGAGCGAGACGAAGUGGCUGGGGAGAGAGAAGUCUGGGAUUCUCUGCUUAGGCUGCUGAGCGGACAAUAUCUACCUUCCCAUCCUCACCUAUGGUCAUGAACUUUGGGUUAUGACCGAAAGGACAAGAUCACGGGUAUAAGUGGCCAAAAUUAGUUUCCUCUGCCGGGUGGCGGGUCUCUCCCUUAGAGAUAGGUUGAGAAUCUUUGUCAUCCGGGAGGAACUCAGAGUAAAGCCGGUGCUCCUUCACAUGGAGAGGAGCCAGAUGAGGUGGUUCGGGCAUCUGCUUAGGAUGCCACCCGAACACCUCCUGUUUUGGGUACGUCCGACCGGCAAAAGGCCACGGGGGGGACCCAGGACACGUUGGGAAGACUACAUCUCCCGGCUGGUCUGGGAACGACUCGGGAUUCCCCGGGAAGAGCUAGACGAAGUGGCUGGGGAGAGAGAAGUCUGGGAUUCCCUGGUUAGGCUGCUGAGCGGACAAUAUCUAUGUUCCCAUCCUUACCUAUGGUCAUGAACUUUGGGUUAUGACCGAAUGGACUAGAUGACGGGUACAAGCGGCCAAAAUUGGUUUCCUCUGCCGGGUGGCGGGUCUCUUCCUUAGAGAUAGGGUGAGAAUCUUUGUCAUCCGGGAGGAACUCAGAGUAAAGCCGGUGCUCCUCCACAUGGAGAGGAGCCAGAUGAGGUGGUUCGGGCAUCUGCUCAGGAUGCCACCUGAACACCUCCUGUUUUGGGUACGUCCGACCGGCAAAAGGCCACGGGGAUGACCCAGGACACGUUGGAAAAACUACAUCUCCUGGCUGGCCUAGGAACGCCUCAGGAUCCCCUGGGAGGAGCUGGACCAAGUGGCUGGGGGGAGAGAAGUCUGGGCUUCCAUGCUUAGGCUGCUGAGCGGACAAUAUCUAUGUUCCCAUCCUCACCUAUGGUCAUGAACUUUGGGUUAUGACCGAAUGGACUAGAUGACGGGUACAAGCGGCCAAAAUUGGUUUCCUCUGCCGGGUGACGGGUCUCUCCCUUAGAGAUAGGGUGAGAAUCUUUGUCAUCCGGGAGGAACUCAGAGUAAAGCCGGUGCUCCUCCACAUGGAGAGGAGCCAGAUGAGGUGGUUCGGGCAUCUGCUCAGGAUGCCACCUGAACACCUCCUGUUUCGGGUACGUCCGACCGGCAAAAGGCCACGGGGAUGACCCAGGACACGUUGGAAAAACUACAUCUCCCGGCUGGCCUAGGAACGCCUCAGGAUCCUCUGGGAGGAGCUGGACCAAGUGGCUGGGGGGAGAGAAGUCUGGGCUUCCAUGCUUAGGCUGCUGAGCGGACAAUAUCUAUGUUCCCAUCCUCACCUAUGGUCAUGAACUUUGGGUUAUGACCGAAAGGACAAGAUCACGGGUACAAGUGGCCAAAAUGAGUUUCCUCUGCCGGGUGGCGGGUUUCUCCCUUAGAGAUAGGGGGAGAAUCUCUGUCAUCCGGGAAGAGCUCAAAGUAAAGCUGCUUCUCCUCCACACGGAGAGGAUCUAGAUGAGGUGGUUCGGGCAUCCGCUCAGGAUGCCACUCGAACUCCUCCCUAGGGAGGUGUUUAGGGCAUGUCCGAUUGGUAGGAGGCCACGGGGAAGACCCAGGAGACGUUGGGAAGACUAUGUCUCCCGGCUGGCCUGGGAACGCCUCGGGAUCCCCCGGGAGGAACUGGACCAAGUGGCUGGGGAGAGGGAAAUCUGGGCUUCUCUACUUAGACUGCUGCCCCCGGGACCCGACCUCGGAUAAGCGGAAGAAAAUGUAUGGAUGGAUGGAUGAACUAUCAUUUUAUUUUUUAGUAAAUGAAGGUUUCUUCCGCAUGAAUAAUAAUUCCAGUUUGUAGCCCGGUUCCCCAUCCCAACACUCGUCUUUGUUUACAUGCUGCAGAUGAAAUGUUCCCAUUCAGAACUCUCUAAAGUUUUUUCAAAGUUUUCACUCCUGGAUGGCGCCACCACGACUCCGGCUUGUCAGGACUUGGAAUAAGGAGAGGACUCAGAUGCAGAGAUGAGGUUCUAAUAAAGCUUUUAUUUUGAAACCACAUUUAAACCUCCGGACCCAGAGUAUUACGCACUUAAUGAUUAACAAAAAAGUCAGCGGAAAUAAUUCCGGAAAUAGAUAAACCAAAAAUCACUCCAGAAAUAGUAGGAAAAAAAUAACUAAAGGACGAACUAUCAUUAAAGUCGUAUUUACUAUAAAAAAUAACACAAAGCGCUCCAACAGGAGGAAGAACAAAAAGUGCUAAAACUUUAUACUUACCGCAUUUCCUUGAAUUUCCGCCGGGUUUGUAAUAUGCGCCUGGCUUGAAUUACUACCGGGUCAAACUCGCUCCCCAAAUUUCUUAGCGCAUGCUUACUUUUACUGCCGAGUGACGCUUCCCCUGUCAUCUUUUUCAAAAUUUUAUUUAAGUAUUUAUUGCUUUUACUGUGUGUAAACCAGGGGUCUUGUUCUAC